AUGCCUCUGAGUGGAUUCAUACCGCAUUCGGACCCAUUGUCUUGCCUGCGCCCUGCGUCCCAGGCUCUGAGCCCCAGCCAAGGCUCUCAGUAUACGCGACACACCCCCCAGGGCCGCGUUGCCUGCAAGCCUGCGCCCACCCCCCGCCAGCCCGCGCCUCCCACCCCCCGCCGGCCUGCGCGUACCCGCAAGCCCGCGCCCACCACCCCCUGUCAGCGCCCGCUCCCCGCUCCGGCCUCGACUCCCCGCCGGCCUCCCCCUGGUGCGCUCCGCGCGCAUGAUGUUUUCCGGAGUACAACGGCCUAUUUGGUGUUAAUGAGAGAGGAAGGCAGGCUGUGGUUUGUCCCUAAAGCUGUAUGGGUAGCUGGGCUUGUACUAGUUAGGUAG